AUGGAAAAGGAACAGUCAGGAGAGCGGGGCGAUAAUGUCGAGAAGUUUACAGCGUGGCAGCUGAACAAAGAUAACGUCAGACGAACCACCGGAGGUCAAAUUGUCAUGCGUCAUCUCGCGUGCCGUGUGGGCUUUAAAUAUAACGAGACCACCACGAGGGCGCUCACGCUCUUACAAACAAGAACAUUGUCAGAGGAGCAUGGUACUUUGACGCUCUUUCAAAUCGAUUUUCUUUUAAUGUUAGAUCCUCUAAAGGAUGUUGACGAAGAAAUUAGCUGCUUAGUCUGGGUAUUAUAUCGUGUUUCACAAGCCUCCAUGCAUUGA